GUCAGUCCAAACUAAUGGUUAGAGUCUUGGAGACUUGGAGUCAAGUCAACGUCUGCUUCACCUCCAUCAGCUAUAUACACCCACGCUUCAUUCAUCUCUGCCAGUCCCAGUCUACCCUGCUGCGGCUGCUCUGCAUCCUACUCCGGCUGUUCCAGAAAUGACUACUGACACCAGCACUCUUGUAAGUACAUUGCCCAACAAUAUACCAGCAAGCUUUCUCAAGCAAAUCACAGAUGAUUUCUCUCCUGAGCGAGAACUUGGUAAAGGUGCAUUUGGAAUAGUGUACAAGGGAAUUCUGGAGAAUGGUGAAUUAAUUGCUGUGAAGAAGCUUGGGGAAAACCCACCUAUGGCACUUGACAAAACAUUUAACAAUGAGGUUGGAAAUCUUAUGGCAGUCCGACAUGAAAAUAUAGUGAAGUUGGUUGGGUUCUGCCAUGAAUCGCAGAAGAAGUUGGUGCCGCACAAUGGAAGAUAUAUCAUUGUAGAUAUAACAGAAAUUUUCCUCUGCUAUGAAUAUCUAUGGAAGGGAAGCCUUGAUAAUUAUCUAUUUGCUGAAUCUAAUAGACUUGACUGGGACACACGGUUUAAAAUAGUUAAAGGAAUCUGCAGAGGUUUACAUUUCCUACAUAAUGAAAUGGAUCGGCCUGUUGUUCAUAUGGAUCUUAAGCCUGAAAAUAUUUUGUUGGAUGAUAACAUGGUCCCUAAAAUUGCGGAUUUCGGACUUUCAAGACUAUUCGGUCAGGAGCAAACCCGGAUGCACACUCAAAAUGUUGUGGGAUCAUUAGGAUACAUGGCUCCGGAGUAUCUAUAUAGAGGUGAAAUCUCUACCCAGUCAGACAUAUAUAGUUUAGGUCUACUAAUCAUUCAGAUCAGCACCGGAGAAAAGAAUAUACCCGAUGCUGAAGACAAGUGUGGGAAGAAAUUUAUUGAGAAAGUACAUGAAAAUUGGGCAGAUCGCCACAUAACAUCGAAGUAUGCAUCUUUUGAUGCAAAUCGCCUCCAGCAAAUUGAAAUGUGUGUUGAAAUUGGGCUGCAAUGUGUGGACCAUGAACGCAAGAAGAGACCUUCCAUAGUGGAUAUAUUAGAUAAGCUCGAUGGAAAACACUCCGUCUAAACGGUGGAUGAGGACUCACAAUCCCAACGUCUUUCUGAUAAAUUUGUCUCCAGAGGAAGACAGAUCAAUAUCAAAGAUGGAUAAAGCAUGUUCUAAUAUUAGUAGAGGACCUGAAAUUUGUUUUGUAAUAAGAUAACUUCUGAUAUCAUGUCAUUAUGAAAACUAUCAAAUUUUAUUCUUUCCAUGAGGGUAGAGUGGGCCCACUCCCCACCUCAA